UCCACAUCCUACUGAGAAACCAUCCCAUAGUGACCAGGCUGCCAUUCACCCACCUAGGCAAGAAAAAACUAUAAUACAGCAAGAGGAAGCCAGGGUAAGCUGAGCCUCCAAUCCAUGUCUAGCCAGCUCCACAUGAUGAGGAGCAAUGAGCUGGUGCUGUGGUUUGGCUAUCCCCUGAGAAACUUGCAUUGAGCCUAACCUGGUGGCACAGGCCUAUAAUCUAAGAUACUUUGGAAGCUGAGGCUGGAGGAUAGCAAGUUUAAAGCCUGCCAAGUUAUAAGACGGCCUGGAACAACUUGGUGAGAUGCUAUCACAAAAACAAAAAACAAAACAAACGAACAACAAUCAAAAACAAGUGAGGGCUGGCGUGGAGUUGAGCAGUAGACCACUCACCUGCUUGUCUGAGGCCCUUGGUUCAAUCUGAAGUAUGGCGUGGAGGUGACCCUCACGCUGAAAUGUCAUUGUCACUCUGAUGGUACUAAAAGGCAGGACAUGUCAGAGUUGACUAGGUCAUGGGGAAGGGCAAUGUCCUCAUGGACAGAUAAGGCCAUUAUCACAGGACUGGGUUAUUUGCAGGCUCUCCCUCCCUCUCCCCUUCUUUCCUUUUAUCCUUCUCUCCCUUAUCAUGCAAUGCCUUCCAUCAUGUUAGGAUCCAGCAAGAAGGCCUUCACCUAGACACAGGCGUGGACCUCCCAGUGAAGCUUCUAGUCUCUCUGAUUUGCCGAGUUUGUAGUUGCAGCGGCAGGAAAUGGCCUGGGGCAGAUGAGUUUUUAGUGGGAACCUGCAUUAGCUGCUUUUCUCAUGGCAGUGACCAAAUACUUGACAUAGUGCUUCAGGGCUGGCUUGUUUCAGGACCCGGCGUGGCGGGCAGGCAUGGUGGCAGGAGGAGGAGGAGGCUGUCUGCUCCCAUCUGAGCAGAUUAGAAAGCAGAGCAAUCAAUCCUAGUGCUCACCCAGCUUUCUCUUUCCCUUUCAUUCAAAUCAAGCUGCCAGUCCAUGGGAUGGCGUCACCCAUUUCAGGGUGGGUCUUCCUCACUUAACCCUCUAUGGAAAUACAUAUGUUUGCAUGCAUGUGUGCAGGUGCCUGUGUGUGCGUUCUCAGAGUCCAGAGUCAGCAUUAGGCGUCGUCCUCCAUGAUUUCCCCACCUUGUUUUUUGAGGCAGGGGCCCCUCACUGAAUGUGGAGCUUAUCUACUUUGCUAGAACAGCUAUCCAGCAAGCCCUAGGGAUCCUCUUGUCUCUGCCUUGAACACUGGGAAUAUAGGUGCACACCACCAUGCCUGACUUUUUAUAUGGAUGUUGAGGACCCAAACUCAAGUCCUCAUGCUUGCAGGGCAAGCAGGUUAUCAACUAAGCCAUCCCCCAGCCUCAACAAGACUAUUCUAAAACUAAUCACACCACAGAUGCCCUUCAGCAAGACUUUAGGAAGUAAAAACCAUUAGGAAAUUUUGCACGAACAGCAAUAACGAAGGUAGGCCAGCUGGACAGGUAGAAAUAGGUAGGAGUGGGGGUGGGGUGGAAAUGAUACAAGGAAAUACCAGCAGCAACUGGGUUGUUCCCAAAUGUUCCUAUUUUCCUUAGUUUUUUUCUUCUUUCUCAGUGAAAAUGUGACUUUUAUUUUAUUUUUUUAAAACUAUUUGCCACUGUCACAUUUUAGAUCAGUUUCUGUUACUAUAACAGAACUCAUGAGACUGGGAAAGUUAUAAAGGAUAGAGAUUUAUUUUGUCUCACAGUAUGGAGGUCUAAGAGCAUGGUCCUGGUAGCUGCUCAGUAUAACACGAAUUCUAAAAAGUAUUAUUAAUAGAAAACUCAGGAGCCAGAUAUUGGGGUGAAUGCUGAAUGAUCAGAGAAACAAAACAAGCCACAUCCAACCUCACCUUGCCAAUUCCUCAGCUGAUCUUGUUUCCUUAGACUGGAAGCCUCUGAAUCCUUAUCCGAAUGGAUCUCAGCUGAACUGCUGCUCAAAAGCCUAAAAGUUUAAAAAGCUUUAGUUCCUGGUCCUCAUGCCUUAUAUACCUUUCUGCUUCCUGUCAUCACUUCCUGGGAUUAAAGGUGUGUGUCACCAUGCCUGGCUGUUUCCAGUGUGGCCUUGAACUCAAUCUAGAAUGCUGGAUCUCUGUCUCUAAAAUGCUAGGAUUAAAGGCAUGUGCUACCACUGCCUAAACCUAUGUUUAAUAUAGUGGCUGUUCUGUUCUCUGACCCCCAGAUAAGUUUAUUGGGAUGCACAAUAUAUCAACCACAUUUCCCCUUUUUUUGUUUAAAAUAAAAAGUUAUAAGAAAUAUAAGAAAAAGUAUAUACAGUAAGUAUAUACAAUAUAUACAGUCAAGAAUUACAUUAACAAUGUCUAGUCCAUUCACAUUUGACAAAUUCAGACAAAAAGUUUUAUUUCUUAUCCUAUUUAAAACAAGUAGUUCCUUUUUAAAAAUUAGAUUCAAUCAUCUAUCUUCUAUCUUAUCAGCUCAGCUUUCAUGGUUCUCCAUGCAGCAGAAAGGCCAAUGGGUGUGAUGGAAAGACAGGAGAGACAAAGGAUCGCUGUAUAACCAUCUGCUCUCGUGCGGACAGUGCAGCUGUUCCCCAGAGAACUGAAUUCAUUCUCCAAGUAAUAGCCUCAAAGGCCCCACUCCCAGCACCAUUACAUUGGCAAGCAAAUCUCAACGUGGGUUUUGGCAAGAAAACCAUAUCCAAAACCAUAGCAGCCAUAAAACAAAUAGCAGAGUUGUGCUUUGUAAUUUACAUGUGUAUUUCAGGGGACGCUCCAAGGUCCAGUUGUGUUCCUGCUGAUUCUGUUUCCUAUGAGCACUGAUCUUUACUCCACCAGGCUCUUCCAUCCCCGACCCAUCUACCUUGGCAGCCCCUCCAUAUGUCUUAUAAGUCCAUGAUUUUUGUCUCCACUCUCAAGCUACAAGGGCUGUGAGCAGAGGCUGUAGUCCAGCCCUUCCUCAGACUUUCAUUUCUCCUGACUCCCACUUAAAUAUCCCUCCAUCCCACCCCAAAUCUCAGGAGCAAUGGAGACCAUUCCCACUUCCUGCCAUCACCCCUAUUCCCACCCCAAACCCCACCACAUCUGCAGGCCUCUGCCUCCUGGCUUUGCUGGCCCUCAUCCUUUACUUCUCCCUUGAACCUAGGUCUGUUGAUUACAAGACACUCUCUCUCUCUCUCUCUCUCUCUCUCUCUCUCUCUCUCUCUCUCUGUCUCUCUCCUUCUCCCUCCCUCUCCCUCUCCCUCUCUCCUUCCCUCCUUCUCUCCCCCGCCAUGUCUCUAGCCCUUCUGCCUAGAAAAAGUUCAACUCUCCAUCUCAGCAUAUCCCACCCCCUCUGGACCCAGAGCUUCCCAUUCACCUUCCUCUGAAUUCCUAACUCUCUCCUCUCCUCCGCUCUUGGCCCCACCCUUCCCUUGAUUCAGCCCGACUCCACCCAGGCAGGAACACCCCAGUCUUUGCUUCUAUGUGGCUCAGAAGCUUCACCCUGCCUUGUCUUGGCUGCUGUCUGUCUCAACAUGUCUCUGACCACAUCUUUCUGAUUUUCUUCCCCAAUACCUUUUCCUUGGAUUUUGUCCCCAGAUAGAUGCCUUCUUGCCACACAAAUGCCUCUGGAGAACUUAAUUCCCCUGUUCAGAACUUCUGCAGAAAAAUUAUUUUCUCUCCAGCUUCUGGUAAUAGAGAUGGGUCAGGCUUUGAAAACUCUUGUUUUCAUUAUAAACAUUUUUGUUUGUUUUUACCUCUGUCUUCCACCGCAUUGGAAACUUCCCUUCCCUUCUUCUUCCUCCUGCUCCUCCUGCUCCUCCUCCUCCUCCUCCUCCUCUUCCUCUUCCUCCUCUUCUUCCUCCUCCUCCUCUUCCUCCUCCUCCUCUUCUUCCUCCUCCUCUUCUUCCUCUUCCUUCUCCUCCUUAUUCUUUUCUUUUUUUGUUUUGUUUUUGAGACAGAGUUUCUCUGUGUAGCCCUGGCUGUCCUAGAACUCACUCUGUAGACCAGGCUGGCCUGGAACUCACAGAGAUCCGCCCGUCUCUGGGAGAGCUGGGAUUAAAGUCAUGCUCCACCACUGCCCUGCUGAUGCCAUUCUUCUUUAGACAAUUGUCCCCCAAAGUGGAAUGGAACACUUCCCCCUCUUCCCAGGAAUGCAGCCUGACUGGCAUUUGAGUGCCUAAAUUGGGGAAAUUAGUUUCUCACUGGCUGACAAUUUGGGUUCCAAACAUAAUGAGCAAUCAAGGCUCUUCCUGAUUAUGGGAGAGUGAGGUUUAAGAAGGAGGAUGAAGGCCCCUGGGAAGGACACCCAGAGAGAACUAGGAGAGGGUCUGAGAAGAGGGGGUGGGAAUGGGAAGUAUCAAGCCAAUGGAACAGAUAGGGACAGCCUUGGGGGCAGCAGCCAGCUGCCUGGUCUGCCCUCUGACCAGGGCUUUUGACAAGUGUCUGGGAGGAUAGGAAACCAGCAGGACUGCCAGCCAGCUGUCUGCUUGUGGCUCCAGGAGGAGCCCUGACUGCCAGUGGUGUGCUGCAUGGGGCAGGCCCCUAGAACCUGAACCUGAAGCACACCUCAACACCGCACGUUGGGAGGAGCAGUGGACAAAUGGGACACCAUAGCCAUAGCCUGGUGCCCCGGGCAGUCUCCUCCAGGAUAUCUUCCAGAGACCUGGCAGUUCUCUUCUCCAGCAGCUCUUCCCAAAUCCCCCCUUGUAGCUGCAGAAAUACCUGACUUCCCUCCAAACUUGUGCCCCCUCCCUCUCCAGUCUCAGCAAAGGGACUAGAAUCCAGAGGUCACUCUGGAGCCCCUCACAAGUCCCCAGGCCUCUCAGAUCAUUCCAGCCCUCCUUUCUGACCUGGCCAUGGACACCAGCACACCCUUCUAACCAACUUUCCUCUUCCUUCCCCACACUUGCCCAGGGACUCCAUGGUGAAUAGCUUGGGCAAUGCUGAGACCCUUUGAGAGACCUGAGACUGAAAAGGCUAAGGCAUCGGAGGCUAAGGGGAGACACGUGGAGAUGGGAUUCAGCCAUAGGGGCGGGGGGUGGGAGGCAGACAGGGAUCAGCUGCCCAAAUCCCAGCAUGGACCCCAGAGCAGAGGAGAGACUAAUGGGAUAACAUCCCACCAUGAGAGUGUCCUGACCUCUCUUUAAGGAACUGGGGCUGUCAGCCAAGGCCAGAGUAGCCAGGAAUGCAGGAGGCCUUACUGCUGAGGCUCAGACUUGGGGAGGCCCAAAAGGUCACAAGUCCUUCCUAUAUCAGUUAACAAGACCACACAGUGAUAGCAGGAGCAGGUAGAUGGAACUCAGGUUGCUGGACAGUGGGGGUGUGCAAGUCCAGGCCCUGCAUGGAGCCCUUCUAAACAGAUGCCAAAUGUAUCAUCUAGCCCUAAGCAUAAGAUAGAGGCUGGGGCCCUACAGGGGAUGAGAGUACCCUGAUGCUGACCUCAGCCCGGACUCCCUGAAGUCAACUUCCUUAAGUUUGACAGCUCUCCUUCCAGAAUAGCUUUCCUGUCUGUUGGCAGCAGCUCUUCCAGGCAUGCACACACACACACACACACACACACACACACACACACACACACACACACACCCUGUUGUUACAGCAUGACCAUCUAAACCCAUGAUUGGUCUGUUUUUCACAUGGUCUAGAACUGCCCAUCUGAAAUGGAGCUCAACAGAGGGACAAACAGGAGCUGUGCUGUGUUGGAGUCAGUCUCCAGUGGAUUCACGGGGCUGGACACUGACAGUGUCUAUGUACCACCUCUGGUCUUCAGGCUGCACAUGGUCUAUACCCAUCUGAAUCCCUUUGUCCUGACUAGAGCACACUUUUCUCCCCAGGCAUUCCUCCUGGGACAGCUACCAAUUCUCCUCCACCCCGCUUCUCUCAGUCUCAGAGUGCCUUGAGCAGAGCCCGGGGGGACAGCCUGUCUGUGCUUCCUACACCAAAGCAGUGCCCAGCAGAUGUCCCAGCAAAUUAAGGAGUCACAGCCGAGCAGGUCUGCGAUAAGGACAGUUUUGGGUGAAGGUCAGUUUCUGUCUGCCCAAGCAUGAGUUUUCCAUGGCAACAGCAAGCCCUCCCCUCCCCCUGAGGGCAGUCCUUCUCUUGUCUCCACAUCCUCCCAUCACAUAGCCUCGCCUCUUCUCUGGCUGAUAAUCCUGUGUACAUUUUUACUCCAGUGCUUGUGAAUAGAAGAGAGUGGGUGGAAACUAUUCCCAGGGCCCAACCAUCCCCAACUCAGUGCCUGGGCAGCUCUGUUCCCCUCCAGCCUGUCCCCACCCCAAGCCCUAGACAGAUGCCAACCCUUAAGUUAUGGAGCAGCUCCAACCCUGACUGGAAUCAGCCUUCCACCCACACACACCUGUUCCCUAAAGACUCAGUCUGGCUCUGGCUUUGCUUGAAGGUCACUGACAAUUCAGGGUCCUGCCCCUCUCCCUGAACUUGACAGUCCCCUACCCCUAUCACUUAGGUUCCAGUCCCAGAGUUUUGUGUCCCCUCUGCCUAGCACUUUCCAGAUGUCUUUCCACACCUACAGCCUCAGAUCAGCAUCCAGGGCCCACUGGCUUUUUACCCUGGAAGCCUAUGAGGGCUAGCCUUGGCAUCCAUUCUGAUGGUUUCUGAUGGCCAGGUUACUGAGAAUGACAGUGGCUGCCUCACUGGUCCCUUGCCUUCUGUACCCACUCCGUGCACCAGCAGCCUGGGAUAUUUGCAAUAGCAGCUUUCUUAUGUGUUGUUCCCAGCCAUAACUUGUGACCCUUCAUUAGGAUGUUCAAGAUGCCUCUUCUCUGUCCCUGGCAAGCUCUCUUGGGACCUGGGUCACUCAGAGCCUUGCAGUGUUCAGGAACACACCAAGCUCUCUGCUAUAUCUUAGUCAUGUACAUGCUGUAAACACCAUCCGAUGCUCUCCCCUAACAUGGUGACUUCCACAUGACCUGUCUUGUGACACAUCCUCUCACUCCUUAAGCCCAGGCAUCUAACCAUCUUGUUCUCUGUGGUUUCUGACCACACAGAGUGUCAUGGUCAGGGACUUCUCUGCUUACAUAUCUUUGUCCCUGAAUUGGGCCAGGCUUCUAGAAUCAGAGCCUGAGGCAGGGAUCUAGGUUCUGGUGAUUUACUAGAAUGGAAGGGAGGUACUCUCAGGACACACACAAACACACCACACUCACACACACCACAGUCACACUCAAGGAAAGGAAGCAGAAGAUAGGAAUACAGAAUGGAUGUCAGGUAGAGUUUAGACAGGGCCCAAUCCAGGGCCUUUGUAGCAUAAGCCAUACUGCCAACCUAUCCCCUAAGGCAAGGAGGCUGUCUUUUUUUGUCCCUGGAUCAGCUGGUUGUAUGGAGGAAAGUUCUAGAAUUCCCUGAAGAAGUGACUGUCAUCAGCCGGGAUGAUUCACAGAACAAAGGGACCUAUCUCACCUACAAGAGAAUGGCUAGGUUGGGGUGUGUGUGCAGGGUACAGACAGCGUCCCCAUGGAGUGGGACUUCUGACAGGUUUCUGAAGGACUGAGAAGUGAGGACGCUGGCUUUCCCAGUGCUAACAAUCACUAUCCUCACCAUGUGCCUGCUGUCCUGGGAGAGGGUCCCACCCACAGCCUGAGGGAACACAGUAGAGCUGUCAUAGGGACAAAUGCCCACUCUCCAGAAAGAGACUCUCCAGUGAGCACGGCCCCACUCACUGGACAUCUGUGUGCCCAACUGUGAAGGCAGCGUUCUUAUCUAGUCUUCAUAAUGGUCACUUUGCAUGUGGGAAUACAGGCUGGGAGGAGUGAUGGGACCUCAGACAGAUGAUGUAACUGAGAGGAAGAACUGAAAUUCAACCCCAGGUGUAACUCUGACUGCUUUCAUCCCCUUCUGUGUGGGUAGCCUUGAUUUCAGCUCCCCCUGGAAUAAGGAGCUGGGUAAGAAGCUGGGUCAUGCUUGUGCCCUACAACAGUGCUCAGUUAAAUUCAGAGUCCCCAAGGGUCACAUCUGGCAUUUGCAAGUUGGGAGGCCCACACAUGUAUUUUGCAUAUAAUUUGCAUACUGGAUGCAUCUGGCUUGCAUGUGUUCACACUGAGACCCCAUCAGCACUGCGUGGUGCUGAAGCUGUUUCUAAGCCACCCUUACUCCGUGAACGUUCAUCUGGGCUUUACAGAGUCAUGGUCUGGGUAGAGUCCAGGUUCCAUGAUUUCUGGACUCUCUCCCUGGUCCUCACCUCUAGGCUGUAUACCUACCCACCCAGGGUCCUGAACAAGUGACUUUUGUCUAACAGGAAAGCACCACUGCAAACUGCUGUCCCAGAAACUUGUGUAAACUUGACAGUUGCCGUUUUUUAUGUACAUGUGCAGUCCAAAUGGGUUACAAUGGACUUUGAGGGAGCAGGGCUGGACAAAGAACUUGUUGUAAAAAGCUUUUAAUAGAGAGGCCCAGGUGUACCCGUACAGAAAGAAGAGGUUGGGAAGGGAUGGUGAGUGUGGGUGAUGGUCUGGGUAGAGUCGAGAACCCAUACCUCCACUGUUUGCUUAGGGAAGCAUGGGCUGUGCCUCUCUGAGCAGCAGGGCCUCAUCUGCAGCAGGGAGGCUCCUGCCAGAAAGCUGGCCGAAUCUGAGCGUUCUAUUUCUGUCUCUUUUAGAAGAGCUACAUUCCAAAGACUGUGUGGCUUUUAACGAUCUUAGGUGAUGAUCUCUGGAUAAACAAGGAGCCAUAUACCCUGGGUGAGACAGAAGGCGGCUAGAAAGAAGACAGAGACCCCCUUCUGGGGAGGGCAUGGAGGCAGAGAAGGGAACAGGUCCAAAGCAUACAGCAUGCCAAGCAUCAGGGCCCCAGACUCACACACCACCAGGUAAGCUUACCUCUCUGCAUCUUCCUGGGAUCCAUUUUCUCUUUUUCUGCCCCAGCAGGAGAUCCACAGAGGAAGCAGGGCAGCUCUAGUGUCCAGUAGAGUUCUCACCCACCUCCUUCCCCGCUCCACCACUGAAGCAUUCUAAAUGCAAGGGUUUACUCCUGUGUCUGUCUAGGAUGCAUGCAUGGGUCAUUCUGACAGCUUCCCUGACUGUGCCUGUUAACCAGAGCUAUAAAGGUAGGGAAUGUGUGUGCCUCUGUGGGGUGUGCAUGUUUCUGUGAGACAAUGCAGCUAAUUGUGAAUUGUGUCUAGAGGUGCCUGUGCAUGUCAUGUGAACGGAAGCUGUGCUUCUGUGUGUGGUGCUUCUGGAGUCUCCAUCCAGGUGGAGAGACUCCCAUCUGAGCCAGGGAGGACAUGACUGUCUGCCUCCCUCUCCUGCCUCUGGCCUCCCUAGGUUUCCUGUCUGGCAGAUGCAGAGUGGCCUCAUGAUCCACAGGGAGACCCCUGUUUCUGACUGUAUCCAGCCAAGCCCCUGAGCAUCUCCCUGUGCCAGUGUUCUCCUCCUCCACUGGGAUGGGGCUCAGGCAUUGGCUCCCCAAACUGUUCCAAUUAAAGAAGGAGCCUGUUUUUGAUGUCAGCCACCUGGGAAGGGGAAGCAAGACCCAUCUGUCCUUCUAGCCCCCUGUUACAUGGACAUUCUCAAGUUCAAACAGGGUCCAGCCUCCUUCCUGUGAGUUGUGGGCCCCACAUCUGGGGCUGGGGAAGGGAGUGAGAGGAAGGGGUGGGACCCUUUGGAAAAAGAUCACAGCUUCUGGGGUGGGGGAGCUUUCUCCCAGAGCCAGCCAAGUGGUGCUGCCAAGCAGUCAGAACCCAGCAGGGUGAGGAACUGGGCUCUGUUCAUUUGCCCCUCAGAUGUCUCACUUUCUGAAAAGCAGGAAGUUGAUGGCUUCAAGAGCAUGAGUACCCCAUACUUGCAAAAUGGCAACUAACAUCUCUGGUAAAUGUGCAACAUUGGGGGUAUCUAGAGAGUUGCCUGACCUGUUCAAGCUAGCUCAAAUGGUGUGCUAUUAGAAGUAGAUCAAGGAAGCCAUGGCUUGUCACCAAAUGGCUCUGUGUUUCCCAAGCACUGUGGCAUUCUCUCUAGGCUACUCUCCUUACUUCCUCCUAACUGGCACAGAGCUGUGGGCAUAGCAUGCCCUAGUGUGUCUUCUCACCUCCAGAAGCCCCUGUGCAGUGGCUUGAAUAGAGCCCUAUCCUGCUAAAAUCCAGUUCCAUCAGAACCUCAGAUUGUGACCUUAUUUGGAAAUAGGGUCUUCGCAGAUGUAUUUACUUAAGAUGAAGCUGUUCAAUGGCCGCUGUCCUUAUAAGAACACGGAAACACAGAAGAGGGUCAUUCGAAGACCAAGAGAAGGGCUAAAGCAGAGCUGAAAGCGCUGCAGACAUGAGCCAGAGAUUGCUCAAAGCCACCAGCAGCUGGAAGAGGCAAAGAAGGAUUCCUCCCUAGAGGAGUGGCCCAGCUAAUACUUUGAUUCUGGACAUUAAGCCUCCAGAAAUAGGGGGCAAUAAAUCACUGCCAUUUCUAAACAGUUUUUGUUAAAUUUAUUAUCUUAUUUUAAGUAUGUUUGUGUACCACAGUGAGUGCCUAGUCCUGGAGGGGCCAGAAGAGGGCAUUGGAUAUACUGGAACUGGAGUUACACAUACUUGCUGGUAACCACUAAGCCAUCCAGUCCCAUAAAAUCCUGUUACUUCUCAGCCACUUGAACUGGUAGUUAUGAUGGCAACCCUAGAAACUAAAACACUCCUUGAAGGGGAUUGCAGUCACCUGUGUCCCACCAUUGCUGGGGUCAGGAGAAAGGACAAUCAGCCUGGCUUAGGUCAGCUGCCUGCUGUAAGGGACCAGCCAGAGAUGGCAGGACAUAGAUGUGGCUUCAGAACUGCUUCUUCCAGCAUCCUGGAUACCGGCACCUUCCCUCAAAUGUGUUUACUCACACCUCAAAGUAACUUUUUACAAAAUUAGUUAUUUUACGUGUGGUUAAUUUACCUGCAUGCCCGGUGCCCAAGGAGGUCAGAAGAGGAGAUGCAACAAAUGCUUUGAACUGCUGAACUAUCUCCAGCCCCUCAAAUUUACUUUAGGAAGAAACUAGAGUUGGGGAGACAGUAGUCAGUGGAAUGCUUGUUUGCCGUUGUAAGCGUGAAAACCUCAAUUUGAUUCUAUAAAACAGAUUUUAAAAAAAGAAGAGAAAGAAAAAGAAGCCAGGUAUGUGGCAAGCACUUGUAAACCCAGUGCUGGAGAGGUAGAAUUGGGGUCACUGGGGCUCACUGGCCAACCUAGCCCACUGGGCAGACUCCAGAACAUUGAGCAACCCUGUCUCCAAAAGAACAAGGUGGGUGGUGUCUGAGAAACGGCACCUGAGGUUGACCUUGGCUCCAUAUGCAUGUGAACACAUAUACGUGAACACCUCCCCAACACACCAAAGUGGGGGGCAGGGACCUCCAAGCAGGCCCCAUAUUCCAUUGGGGUUCAGAUUCAGAGGGCUGUGGUCCUGUGAGGAUGAGACAAAGCCAGAAAGAAGUGGUCCUCUUAGAUGACAGAAUCAGGAUUCAAAGGCUUCUCGCAGGGGAGGCAGUUAACGAGGUGAUGUCUAGUAAGAAGGACUAUAUAGACCAACUCUUCGGUUACAAGAGUCAUCGUUUUCAUGAAUGGAAUGUGCAGGGAGCCUGGCCUAAGGUAGUUUCUUAUGAGGCUGUCCUAGCAAUAUUCUCUGACCUGAAGCUAAUAAUGAAACAGACAUCAGACCGUAUUGGAGACACAUGGGGCAGGAGUAUGGAGGGGAUUGUGAGUUUAUUCUCGGCAGGGUUGGAGAGUUAAUGGUGCAGCUCUUACCUAAGAGAAACGGACAGUGCUGACCCACCACUGAACCCAGACAGGCAGCCUGACCACCCUACCCGGGUGGCAGAAGUUGGUGGGAAGGGAAAUCUGCAGUUAUUAGACCUCCUGGGGCACCCAUAGACAGUGGACAGUCUGAACCUUAUUGUAGGAAAGUGGCUGGGAAAGGGUUUCCUGGUGUGCCUCUUAAUACGGUCAUCCCUGGUCCAGGGCCUGGACUGCAGUACCCAUGUGCAAGUAAGACAUUUAAGACUACUGUAUCCGGCUAGAUUAUUGAGCGGGUCUGGGGGAUCCCAGCAGGGAGGGCAGGCCUGUCUCCAAGCUUUGCUGCUUUUUGCCGGGUACCCUAGAGGUACUCAGGGGCUGCGCGUGUUUGGGGGCCCUCCUGGAAUUCAGCGCCCUGCGUCCCGCCUGCUCGUUUUUUUUUUAACCUCGUGUUUGCACGGGGCCCCUCGGGCGUCAGCUCAGAACUGGGGCCGGGGGCUGGCCACGGGGAGGGGGGCUGGCGGAGCUCGCGGCGCGGCCCCAAGUUUAUGCUAAUCCGUGCAGAGCCCGCCUCCCGCCUCCCCUGCGCGGCCCCAGCCGCGAGUAGCCCCGGCCACUCGGCGGGACGCAGCGGCCGCGCAGCUCCAGGCGGCCGAACAAGCGCUGCGGGUGUCGCGAGUGGAGGCGGGAGCCAGGCUGGCGAGCGGAGGAUCGCCCGCGGGAGGCACCGCGCGGGGCCGAGUGGAGACAGCGCGAUGGGUCGCCGUCUGCCCAUGUGGCUGUGCGCCGUCGCGGCGCUGCUCUCGGGGGCACAGGCCAAGGGCACCCCGCUCCUCGCACGGCCAGCACAGCCCAGUGCCUCCCGCUACAGCCUCUACACGACCGGAUGGCGUCCGCGGCUGCGCCCGGGGCCGCACAAGUCCCUCUGUGCCUAUGUGGUGCACAGGAAUGUGACCUGCGUUCUACAGGAGGGAGCAGAGAGCUAUGUAAAGGCUGAGUACCGCCAGUGUGGGUGGGGGCCCAAUUGCCCUUCCACAAUCAGGUACCGCUCAGUGCUCAGACCCAGAUACAAGAUUGGCUACAAGACUGUGACAGACCUGGCCUGGCGUUGCUGCCCUGGUCUUACUGGACAAGGCUGCCCUGAACACCUCACGGACCAUGGAGCUACCCCACCACACCGAGAGCCAGAGCCCCAGAUUCCCUUAGGGCAGCUGGGCCCAGGCCCCAGACCUCCUCCUUACAGCAGAGAGGCCCCAAGCUCUCAUGGAAGAAAAGGCCAAGGGCUGUUUGGUGAGCGGCUAGAACAGCUGGAGGGCGAUGUUCGGCGCCUGUCACAAGCAUAUGGCACUCUGAGUGGUUUGGUGGCCAGCCAUGAGGACCCCAAUAGGAUUACUGGUGACCCUAGGACUCCCGUUGCACCUAUAGGCUUUGGAGUCAUCCCUGAAGGGCUGGUAGACCCAGAAGACAGAGGCAGAGGACCACUCAUCCCUCCUCUGGGUGAGAUCCUGAAUAAAGUGACAGAGGUGAGUAACACGUUACAGACCAAGGUGCAGCUCUUAGAUGAGGUGCAUGGGCUGGCCCUCGGUCACGAGGCUCACCUGCAGCGGCUGCGGGAAGCCCCGCCGUCCCCACUGACCUCCCUAGCACUGCUGGAGGAGUAUGUGGACCAGCGGCUACAACGACUCUGGGGGAGCCUGCUGGAUGGCUUUGAGCAGAAGCUGCAAGGUGUUCAAAGUGAGUGUGACCUGCACGUGCAGGAGGUGCGGCAGCAGUGUGAGGAGGGCCAAGCAGCCAGCCAGCGCUUGCACCAGAGCCUUGAUGGCCGGGAGCUGGCCCUGCGUCGGGAGCUCUCACAGCUGGGCACUCAGCUGCAGGGCCUGACGCUGACUGGUGGGGGCACCUGCUGCAGCCAACUGGCUUUGAUCAAUGCCCGGGUGGACAGCCUUGAGAGGAACCUGCAGGCUGUCACGGAGGCGCAAGGUGGCCUCAGCACCCUGGCUGCAGAUGAGCUUGCACGUAUCUCUGCUGCUAUGCUCCAGGGAGGUGUGGACGGGCUGCUUGAGGGCCUAGAGACCAUUAAUGGGACAGAGAAUGGAGCAAGGGGCUGCUGCCUGAGAAUGGAGAUGGGGGGCUGGAGUGUCGGUGGCUUCGGGUCUAUGCUGGAAGAGCGUGUACAGAGCCUAGAGGAGCGUCUGGCGGCCCUGACUGGAGAGCUGGGCCACAACAGUGCCACACCAGACAGAUCCGCACGGCCGCUUGUGCAGACAGAGCUAGCCGUGCUGGAGCAACGACUAGUCUCCCUGGAGACCUCAUGCACCCCAAGUACCACCUCAGCCAUCCUGGACAACCUUGUGGCAGAGGUGAAGGCCUGGCAGAGCCGGAGUGAGGCCCUCCUACACCAGGUGGCCAGUCACACGGCUCUGCUCCAACAGCUCAAUGGUACAGUAGCCGAAGUUCAGGGGCAGCUGGCAGAAGGGACAGGCAGCUCCCUCCAGGGUGAGAUCACUUUGUUGAAGGUCAACUUGAAUUCGGUGAGCAAGUCCCUCACAGGCCUCAGUGAUUCCGUCAGCCAGUACUCGGAUGCCUUCGUGACCGCCAACACAUCCCUAGAUGAACGAGAGCGAAAGGUGGAAGCGGAAGUCCACGCCAUCCAGGAACAGGUCAGCAGUCAAGGCUCAAGGCUUCAGGCCGGCCACAGGCAGGUCCUGAACCUGCGAGGGGAGCUGGAAAGGCUCAAGGCUGGUGUGGCCAGUGUGGCUGGAGGGUUGAGCCGCUGCCGGGACACAGCCCAGGAACUCCAGCAUACAGUGGGCCACUUUGACCAACGGGUGGCGCGAGUGGAAGGAGCCUAUGAGAGGCUGGGCCUGUUGGCCGCCCACCUGAACAGUUUGCCUACUGAGCAGUUGAGCAGGUCCAGGGACGGCCUGUGGGGCCACAUAGACAAGCUGAACCGCACGCUGGCCCAGCACACGCAGGACAUUGCCCGACUCCGGGAUGACCUGCUGGACUGCAGAGCCCAGCUGGCUGAGGUGAGGCCAGGGCAAGCUGACUAGGAACUGGACGGAAUCUAAAGCCAGAUCCCACCAACCCUGGGAAUAUCAUCCCAGAGACCAACCCUACCCAGCAGCACGUUCCAGCCUUCCCUGGAUGAAUGGCCUUGGUCCAGCUCAGCCACCCUGAAAGGUCCAGCCAUGGAUCAGGAUAACAGUCAAGGUGAGCUGUAGAAGAUGCUGCCUCCAAGAGUCAAGGCAAGCACGUCACGCCUGCAGACAGAGUUGGACUUCUGAGAUGGCACGCUGCAAUGUCUGCACUCUCUUUUGUUGCAGACACACUGGAGUUAGCAACUGUGCAAAGCUUCGAGGCCAAGACUCAGAUAAACCUGUCCAUUGUUCCCUUUACCGACCAGGGACCAGUCACAGCCCUUGGGGGCAUCUCUUCCCUUGUCCCGUGGGCUUCCAUCCUUGGGUAUGUAAGGAAGAUGAUGCCCACUGGACUUACCUGGCAGCUUCAUAGGUGCUAUUUCUGAACCAAAGACCAGAGGCCACCCGAGGUUUCCAUUUCCCCACACAUCCUUCAGGACAGAACAAAAGCAUGCAGCCCAGCCAGGAGUUCUCUGUAUUCCUUUUGAUCUUGCCUCAUGGUGAGGGUGUAGGCAGCUGUAGACUCCCAAAGAAAAGAAGGAAUCCAAGCCCUGUUUGGAGACCCCACCCCAAUUUAUAAUUUUCCUUUGAAUUCACAAAUACACCCACAUGGUCCUCUCCAGUUAGAGGAAAAUCUCUCCCCUGCUUCCCAGGUCAGUACCUCUGGCCAAGAGCAACCUUGGGGUCUGUUGAGGUGGACCCUGAGAAAGGGGCUGUAGCUGGAUGAAAAGGAGUCCAGACUUUGCUAUUCAACAUCCUUACAACACCCCAGCCUUGCCAGGAGGUUCACAAACUGGAGAGAAGUUGGGGUGGGGAGCUGUCAAGGAACAACUGGAAAAUACACAUGCUUAGAGACUGACCACCUCUGCUGACUCCUGGCCUCAGUUUCCCCCAAAACAGCCUGGGCCUGCUCUGCUGUUUUUCUCCCCCACAGCCCUGCAUUCUGACUUGUGGGCAGUCACUGUUUGCCCUCCACUCUGAUGUGGCUGGAAGCAGGUUGAAGAUUAAAUCUUUGAACUGGUCUAAAGGU